AUGGAGUAUUCUUCGGGGCCAGCAGGUCGAGGCCGGCAAACCUAUGUCCAGCUAGCAUAUAAUUAAUCCGCUUGAGGAGAAUUCACUGCUGUGUUUUGUCGUCGACCUUGUUCUUGAUUUAAGGUUACUGCCCCCAAAAACAUCAACUUCUAAAGGCAAAUGAAGAGUGUAAAAAGGAAGAUAAUGAACAGCGUGAUCAGGGGAAACAACCAGUACCUCAGCAAUACGAAUCUCACCCUCAUACGGCAGACGAGAGGAUCUGACACCAAUUAUAAUCAAGAUUUCCAUUAUCAGUUUUUAUAACAACACCCGUUUGCCACGACUGGCAGGAUAAAUACAAUUUUUAAAAAAAAGGAAAUUGACAUCAGACAGGCAACACUCAUCAGCUUCGCUACAUGUACAUCUAGCAGAAUUUUUCACGUCGUUCAAUACAUCAGCUGUGAGGAUGGUUGGAUUCGCGCCCAGUAAUGUAGAGCCCACCCUCGGGGUGAAGUUCAUCAGCGCGGGCUUAGCGGCUUCUAUAGCUGACUGUAUGACAUUCCCUCUUGACAUGGCCAAAGUCAGAUUGCAGCUUCAAGGUGAAGGAUCAACAAAGAUCUCCCGCCGUAAGGCUGGUCAGAAAGCUUCGGUCGAGGCAUUCAAGUAUCGAGGAAUUUUCGGAACUAUCCGAACUAUAGCAAGAGAGGAGGGUGUGCGCAGCUUGUACAAUGGUCUUGUGCCAGGACUUCAGCGCCAAAUGGCUUUUGCUUCCAUCAGAAUCGGACUGUACGACUCGGUAAAGUCUUCUUAUCAGAAGGCUCUAGGAAAAGAUCAGAACAGUCAGAGUGUGGGCAUAAGAAUCUUAGCUGGCAUCACCACUGGGGGAAUGGCCGUUUUCUGUGCCCAACCUACAGACGUUGUCAAGGUGCGCAUGCAGGCGCAGACCGCUAAAACAGGACGGCGCUACAACGGCAGCAUGCACGCAUACAGAACCAUCGCAGCACAAGAGGGCAUGAGAGGGCUGUGGAAAGGUACAUUACCAAAUGUGACCAGAAAUGCAGUAGUCAAUGCCUCGGAAUUAGUUUCUUACGACUUGAUAAAGCAACAGAUUUUAUCCCAUCAGCUGAUGUCCGAUAACAUGCCGUGUCACUUUGUAUCUGCAUUUGGGGCCGGAUUCUGCACAACUGUGGUAGCCUCUCCCGUUGAUGUUGUGAAGACGCGAUACAUGAACUCCAGGCCAGACCAAUACACCGGGGCUAUUAACUGUGCCAUCAAGAUGUUCAGAGAGGGAGGUUUCUUUGCUUUUUACAAAGGGUUCAUGCCUUCUUUUGUUCGACUUGGUUCUUGGAACAUUGGCAUGUUUGUAUGCUUUGAGCAACUGAAAAGGGCAUUCAUGUACUACAAGACAACAGCUCCGAUGCAAAUCCAGAACUCCUAGACCAAGGAAAUCUGUUUGACUAAUUGAUGUGAUGUAUGACAAAUUGAUGUGAUAACUAUUUCACAUGAAUAGCUUAGCAAUUUAAUUUUUUUUAGAACUAUUUCUUUCCACAUUAUUGACACCAACAAAUAACUUUGUGUGUGUAGACUGGGUUAGCAUUGUUACCAUGGACGCCUUGCAGACUAAUUAAUGGAAUUGAAGCAACCCACAACCCAAAUGAAUGUAUUUCAUUGGUUGCUACACAAACUAAAACCAGCCAUAACCAGUUUAAUACAAACAUUCGCAUUUGGUUUUCCAUUUUCUUUUUAGUUGCAGGAUAAAUCUGCAAUGUGACUUUGCUGUGAUUCUCACUGAAAGAGCCCUUAUAUUUAUUAUUUCAGAAGUUAUGACAUCAUUUCUUGCAUACACGUUUCUUGUUUUCUUUUUUGCAAGAUCCACGUGAUUGUAACUUGCAUGCAAAUGCAUGACAUUUGGUUUUUAGUGAGUGAGUGUUUGGGGUUGAACAUCAUACUUUAUUUGGUUUUUACAAUGACACAAUGUUAUCACAAGUCCCCCCUUUCCAAAAUGUUAAUACUUCAGCAUAGCUAUUAUCAAGUGGGCAAUCUAUUGUCAUGUCCAGUUGUUCUUCACAAGAUAAACAAUGUGACACAUUGCAGUAGGAAUAUAUGACUGUGGAUCUGUGAGUAUUUUAGGUCUUUUGUAUGAUGUGACCAAACGUGCUUUGUUGGAUUUUUUUAAUAUGUACAUGAAAAUAUUAAAUACAAUUCACAGCAUUUGACAAAGAAUACAUAAUUCCAGGUGGGAUGAAAGCCUACUGGGGUAAUUGGACCAUCUAAUUGGAAAACUGAGUCAACAGUUUAUGUGAAUGAUAAUAAAGUUGUUGCAUAUAUUGCACACAAAAUGUAUGUGAUUAGAGGUGUUUAGGUAGACAUUGUAAAUAUACUGAGCAGCUGUAAUGAUAAUUACUACCAAGCUUAAUAAUGCUAUUUAACAAUAGCAAAACAAGGACAUUAACACUGAAAAAAGUGGGAUAUUUGUUACUACUGCUCUACUGUCUCAUGCUGUACUGCUGGACAAAAUGUGGGGUGAGGAAAACCUCAUUCCCUGUCCUGUAAAUAUCCAAAAUAUUAUAGAGUGGCACGUUUUUGUUACACACAAGUUUACUCAUAUAAACAUCAGUUUGGAAAAUUACGUCCAAAUUGGCUAGUUGACUUCCAUAACUUGCACGCUGUGCAUGUAUAGUGAGCAUAGUCUGUACAGUGAGAAGAACCACUGAGAGAAGGCAAACAUGCUAUUUUCAGUGAAAGUAUAAACAACUGUUGUUAUGUUACUCCUUCAGUAUACUGCUGACAAUCUUAUUGUGUACAGAUAACGAUGAAUUCAAGAGAAUGCGGAUCUGUUUUUAUUUUUUUCUUCAGGAAACUGUGGACCGUUUUUUACUGGACUUUAAGCUCGCAUAUUCGUUUUAAGUUCGCUAGCAGUAUAUUUAGCAGGAUUCUAUUUACAAGAAUGUUGACAAUUCUUAAUCCCUUAGGAUGUUCUUACAGGUUGUCAGCAGUUUACCAACUUUAUAUUCUAUUUAUGCCCAUGUAGUUGUAUAUACAAAUAUCUCAUGUAUAUGUGUACUCUAUUUUGCAUGGUUUUAUAUACAUUCCCUGCAUGGUUUGAUAUACAUUCACUGCAUGGUUUGAUAUACAUUCACUGCAGGGUUUGGUAUACAUUCACUGCAUGGUUUGAUAUACAUUCACUGCAUGGUUUGAUAUACAUUCACGUGAAAAUGUAUGAGAUUUUUGCAAUGUGUACAUGUUCCAUUUACACUCUAGCUUUACAAGUAAUAAUGUAUUAAAUGUUACCAUUUUUCAUGCAUUGUUGUACAAAUCUCACAUAUCCUUUUAUGUUAUAUAUUUUGUGUGGAGAAGGGGCGGAGUAAGAUUUUUGAGGGGUGGGAUUAGCGGAUGAGUGGGCGGGUUUUGUUGGAUGAGGUAACCUUGACUGACAGUUGUUAUUACUUUUUA